AUGCGGAUCCUGGCGGGUCGGGGCUGGUGGCGCGGACGCGCGCUCGCGGCGUGGGCCACCGGGGCUGCGGAUCGGGCGCUGCCUUGGGCUCCGGGCGCGCGGACCGGCGGGGCCGCUGGCGACUCCUGGGCUCUGGACAGGCUCUGCAGCUCUGCCGCGCGCAAGGAAAAAGUUGACAUGUCUAGAUUCCCUGUUGAAAAUAUUAGAAAUUUCAGUAUCAUUGCACAUGUGGAUCAUGGCAAAAGUACUUUAGCUGACAGGCUCCUGGAAUUAACAGGGACAAUUGAUAAAACAAAGAAUAAUAAGCAAGUUCUUGAUAAAUUGCAAGUGGAACGAGAAAGAGGAAUCACUGUUAAAGCACAGACAGCAUCUCUUUUCUAUAAUUGUGAAGGAAAACAGUAUCUUUUAAAUCUCAUCGACACACCAGGCCAUGUUGAUUUUAGUUAUGAAGUAUCCAGGUCACUGUCUGCUUGCCAGGGUGUUUUACUGGUGGUUGAUGCAAAUGAGGGUAUUCAAGCCCAAACUGUAGCAAAUUUCUUUCUUGCCUUUGAAGCACAACUAUCGGUAAUUCCAGUUAUAAACAAGAUAGAUUUGAAGAAUGCUGAUCCUGAAAGGGUUGUAAAACAAAUUGAAAAGGUGUUUGAUAUUCCAAGUGAUGAAUGCAUUAAGAUUUCUGCUAAACUGGGAACAAAUGUUGAAAGUGUUCUUCAGGCAGUCAUCGAAAGAAUACCCCCUCCUAAAGUGCAUCGCAACAGUCCCCUGAGAGCUUUGGUAUUUGACUCCACCUUUGACCAGUAUAGGGGUGUGAUAGCCAAUGUAGCAUUAUUUGAUGGAGUGGUUUCAAAAGGAGAUAAAAUUGUAUCUGCACAUACUCAAAAGACAUAUGAAGUUAAUGAAGUAGGAGUUCUGAAUCCUAAUGAGCAGCCAACUCAUAAACUAUAUGCAGGACAGGUGGGCUAUCUGAUUGCUGGGAUGAAAGAUGUCACUGAAGCACAAAUAGGAGAUACAUUAUAUUUACAUAAGCAACCAGUGGAGCCCUUGCCUGGGUUUAAAUCAGCGAAACCAAUGGUAUUUGCAGGAAUGUACCCUGUGGAUCAGUCUGAAUAUAAUAACCUGAAGAGUGCUAUAGAAAAAUUGACCUUAAAUGAUUCCAGUGUGACAGUUCAUCGGGAUAGUAGCCUUGCCCUAGGUGCUGGCUGGAGAUUGGGGUUUCUUGGACUUUUGCAUAUGGAAGUUUUCAACCAGCGACUAGAGCAAGAAUAUAAUGCUUCUGUUAUUUUGACAACUCCUACUGUUCCAUAUAAAGCUGUUCUUUCAUCAGCAAAAUUGAUAAAGGAAUACAGAGAAAAGGAAAUUACAAUAAUCAAUCCUGCACAGUUCCCUGAUAAAUCAAAAGUAACAGAAUAUUUGGAGCCAGUUGUUUUGGGCACCAUUAUAACACCAGAUGAAUUUACUGGAAAAAUAAUGAUGCUUUGCCAGGCUCGAAGAGCAGUUCAGAAGAAUAUGGUGUUUAUUGAUCAAAACAGAGUUAUGCUUAAAUAUCUCUUACCUUUGAAUGAAAUCGUGGUGGAUUUUUAUGAUUCUUUGAAAUCCUUGUCUUCUGGAUAUGCUAGUUUUGAUUACGAAGAUGCAGGCUACCAGACUGCAGAACUUGUAAAAAUGGAUAUUCUACUGAAUGGAAAUAUUGUAGAGGAGCUGGUAACUAUUGUACACAAAGACAAGGCACAAACUGUUGGCAAAGCCAUAUGUGAACGUCUGAAGGAUUCUCUUCCUAGGCAGCUGUUUGAAAUAGCAAUCCAAGCUGCUAUUGGAAGUAAAAUCAUUGCAAGAGAAACUGUGAAAGCCUAUAGGAAAAAUGUUUUGGCAAAAUGUUAUGGUGGUGACAUUACUCGGAAAAUGAAGCUUUUAAAGAGACAAGCAGAAGGAAAGAAAAAACUGAGGAAGGUUGGCAACAUAGAAGUUCCUAAAGAUGCUUUUAUAAAAGUUCUGAAGACACAAACUGAUAAAUAAUUGGUGCGAAAAUAUAAGGAAUUUUUUUAAAUUAAAAGUUGUGUAUCCUUUA